AUGACAACAACUUCAAAAACAACGGACCCCCGUCAGCUUCAUGACUCACCGAAGCCAUUGAACCUUUCAAACCCGAUACGGCUUGCUUUUCUCGGAGGGGCUAGAGCAGGGAAGUCAGCAAUGAUUUCGAAGUUAUUAUUAGGUAACUUUCGAGAAACCUACUACCCAACUACCCAUCUCAACCCCAAUCUAUUUAACUAUGAGCCGUCCUCCGAGAAAGCAAGAGAUAUAUUGCAGGGCAAAGUAUUGACCUCAAACCCGCAUUUACACCUACCAGCAAGCAUCAAAGACAACAGCACCCUUGUAACCAACAACAAGAGCAUAUUUAAAAAGAACCAGUACUACACUUCACUGUCCUUGGGGACCUCGCCGAUUCUAGUAGAGCUCAUAGACACACCAAGCUACAAUCCUGACAAGAUAGUGCCCUACUUGGAAGCAUCACUUUACACCAAUCUUGACAAAGAUGUGUUGCACAACCUUGCCAAUGAGCCACGUCGACCUGUCUCAACCAGUCCACUUUUGGUAGCCAGUGGAGCCAGUGAGUUGAAUGGAGACAUCAAUGGUUAUUUUCUUGUAUACAGUGCUAUUCCAAGUUUUGCACCGCCAGGGUAUGACGAGAACGAUGCUGGUGGACUCCCCAAAAAGCACACGUUCAACCUUCUACCCUCAAUCAAAGCAGCACUAGACGACGCAUGGGAAGAGUACGUCACGUUCAAAGAGAAUUGGAAACGUGGCCAAGAGGAGGAUGUAUUUUCAUUCAAGAAUGCAUUGAAAAACUUUUGGAAAGCAAACGACUCCAGUAUUCAAGAGACCGCCUCUGCCCAGGUCAAGCCAAAAUCCAAAUCUCCACCUAUUUGGAUCGUCUGCACCCAAGUAAACAGCGACCUAGCUUCUAGUCAGUUGAUUUCAAAGGGUAAGCAGUUGAGUAUAGAGUGGAACUGCGGAUUUAUUGCUAUUGAUUGCUUGAAUGAUAUUGAUGAAGUCUUGUCGUUGAUGAUCAGGGACAUAGUUUUGGGAAAGAAACUGUAA